AGCGCUGCUGGACGAGCCCGAGCCUGCGUGGCAGAGCGUCCAUCCUCCAGCAUGACCUCCAAGUGCCCAAGAUGCGAAAAACCGGUGUUUUUCGCGGAGAAGGUGAGCUCUCUGGGGAAGAACUGGCACCGGUUCUGUCUGAAAUGUGAACGCUGUAAUAAGAUUCUGUCUCCUGGAGGCCAUGCUGAGCAUGAUGGACUGCCAUACUGUCACAAGCCCUGCUACGGAACCCUGUUCGGACCAAAAGGUGUGAAUAUUGGAGGGGCAGGGUCAUAUAUAUAUGAAACACCUCCUCAGACGCCAGUCAACAAGACAUGUGAGAGCCCCUCAGACGGCUCGCCCACCACGCCGUGGUCCAACUCACACAUCAAUUACCACCAACCCAAAGUGACAACUGGACCGACGCGGAUGUUUGCUGGUGAGACGUCUCUGUGCCCAGGCUGUGGGAAAGUGGUCUACUUUGCUGAAAAGGUGACGUCAUUGGGUCGGAACUGGCACCGGCCCUGUCUGCGCUGUGAGAGAUGCAAGAAAACACUGACCUCUGGUGGCCAUGCUGAGCACGAAGGCCGACCUUAUUGUCACGUGCCCUGCUACGGGUACCUGUUUGGACCAAAAGGGGUGAACAUUGGAGAAGUAGGCUGUUACGUCUACGAAAAGGACAACAUGGAGAACGAAAUCCCAAGUGAAUAUUAACAGAGCUUAACGAACACCACAAAUAGAAAAGGAUUUUAAUAGUAUUUUUGGCCAUAUGAUACACAGUGUGUGGAAGAUGCAUUUGUAUGUAUGUAAGUUAUUAAGCUAUUUAGUGUAAAAGCUUAAAAGACAAAAAACUAGUGGAAAGCUUUGCAUGCAUCACACAAUGAAGUAAAAAGCCACCAAAUAUAUUCUGAACACACUGAGAUACUUUUUAUUGCCAUUACUACCACAUCCCUACCCAUAUUUAUAAGUGUCACAUUGUAAAAUAGUUAUUCUUUAUACACAAAGAUGCUGAGCUGAGGAUUGUAAAUUAUCAUUUAUUGUAAUGUGUAGAUGAAUAAAAUUUAAAAAUGUA